GCGGAAAGAGUGCCGACAAGAAUGCCGCCAGAUGCUGAGGCUUGUCAUAAUCCCCUGCAGAGUUUUCGGGCAUCGAAGUUGCCGCAGCUCAGACGAAAAUUUCGCUCUCCUGCAGGUGUCAGUUUGCUUCGACCAGAGGGACUCUACAUUUAGUGAACCACAGGUCCAAAUUGGAGUUGACCUGAAGUACAGUUUUCGAGUUAAAUUAUGGAGUUUUGUUCGGCUGGUGUCGUUGCUCAGCCUGGGACUAUCGCUGAAGAUACUGAACCAAUUUGGACUGCCGAAGAUUUGGCAGAGAAAAUGAGACUGGACGGAGUUCCUGUGACGUUCAAUUGGAAACAUGCAGGAUCGAACAUCCAGUUGUGGGGUUCAUGGGACAACUGGAGUACCAGGAGGACCAUGCUUCACGACGAAUACGGCUGCUAUCUCGUCCUCAUCUUACUGCCUGGAAGAUAUGAAUACUAUUACGUACUGGAUAGGAAUUGCACUUAUCCAGAUGAGUUGUAUUUGAAUAAUCACCAUGAACUGGAGGUUUUUGAACGUGAAGAGAGACGAUUUGGAGAGGCGUUUCUGAGUACGCGACCAGCCAUUCUCAAUCAGGGUCCAGAGUCACCAAGAUCGAGUUACACAUCCGACUUUUUUACCUAUGAGGAUUUUGAGAAGGAACCUCCGUUGCUGCCCCCACAUUUGUCCACCACGGUGCUUAAUGCCACGCAUCUGGAAGGGGAACCGAGUGUAAUUCCUCCACCUCAUUAUGCCACUAUCAAUCAUAUGUUCAGAGACAUAUCAGCCCACAAGAUUCCGGGUCAGGGAUUGUGUGCAUGCCUGGGUUUUACCCACCGUUUUCGAUCCAAGUACGUAUCCAUGGUUCUAUACAAGCCCGAGUUUGAAGGGCAAGACGUAGGCAGCAUAGUUUAGACUCCAGCUCUCUGCAGAGAUUUCAUUUGAAGACUUCUUGGCAUGGAUUCUCUCAUGCAUGUGAAUGAACAUGAAGAUGAGAUACCUCUUGAAAGAGCCGAUGCUCGAUCACUCUGACCUAGAGCCCUUGACAGAUCGCUCCUGCCGCCAAGUUCUUCUAAAAUCAUUUUUUGUCAGUUAGGUUUUUUUUUUCAGAUGCUUCGUGAUUAUCUUGACUGAUGCAGAUCGCUCUUAGAUCGCUUUCUGAACAUCCACAGCAUGAGGUGGGAACAAAGCUGCUGGAUGUGUUUUGUCGUAUCAUAAAUUUCAGGCAGGUGGAAUUUCAAGGAAGUAAGGUUUUCGCCCUGUCCGAAUAGGACCCAGGAAAUCUCUUGGACUCAGCGGCCUUUCCUAGAGGAACAUGCCAAGUUCCACAAGUAACGGAAAUGUAAAACAAGGUCGCACUCCACGUCCUCUGAUAAACCUCUCACGGUUAAGGGAUAAAUUUCGACAAACAUCCCAGGAAACAGAACUCCUUGUCGAAGAGAUGCAGAAGAUUCUUUACCCAGCGACCAGAAUUUUCUUUUUCGAAAGCAAUCAUGGGAAGAAGAACAUGGUAGACCACUUCAGAACCAUAGCAUCAUGUUUUCAGAACCAUUUCAGAAGUUUGCCUGACAAACGGCCUGCCUGUAGCGUGAUUGGUGAAACUUCAUAAUUUCCUGUUCAUUCGUUAUUUACUGGUGAAAUUCGAUUGCAAAUUAGAUCGAAUUUACUGUUCGUUCGUUGGUGCACAAAUGAGGUUAUCAAAAACUCACUAACAUUCGAAUUUGCUAUUAGGGUCAUCUUCUCUCACGGUCCUUUGGACGUUGAUUAUCCGAUUCACAGCAGUCUUAUUCAUUAUUGUAAUUACAGUGGAAUGUUCGCUUCGUUCGUACAAGAAAGUUCA